AUGCCGGCUUCAGUGACUUUCAUCUUCCAGCUUUUUGCUUUCUUCUUCUUCUUCUUCUUCUUCUUCUUCUUCUUCUUCUUUCUUUCUUUCUUUCUUUUUUCGUUUUCUUCUUUUUCUUCCUUUUCUUUUUUCUUUUUCUUGUUCUUUCUCUUUUUUCUUUUUCUUCUUUUCUUUUUCUCUUUUCUUUAUCUGCUAUUUUCUAUUUUUUCUUUUUCAUCUUUUACUUUUUCUUCUUUCUUUCUUUUACUUUUUCUUCUUUCUUUCUUUUUCUUUUUCUUCUUUUUUCUUUUUUCUUUUUUCAUUUUCUAUUUUCUUCUUUUUCUUUUUCUUUUUCUUCCUUUCCGUCUCUUUCUUUUUCUUUUACUUUUUCUUCUUUUUCUUCUUUUUUUCACCUACUUUCUUUUUCUCUUUUCUUUGUUUUUUUUUCUAUUUCUUUUUCUUCUUCAUCUUUUUCUUCUUUUUUCUUUUAUCGUCUUCUUUUUUCAUCUUUCAUUUGCCACGUCCCUCCAGAACACAGACAAUCAUUCUAUUUUGUGUGUCUCUUAG